AUUUCUUUCUUUCUUUCUUUCUUUCUUUCUUUCUUUCUCCUUUACAAAAUAGAUAGAACAUGGCACAACAAGAAUCAUUAAAAAUUGUUGAAGUUUGUAACAUUGAACCAAUUCAUGAAACAACAGAAUCUUUUCAAUCUCCAACCUCACUUCCACUAACUUUCUUUGAUCUUUUAUGGUUAAGAUUUCCACCUGUUGAAAGACUCUUCUUCUAUGAAUUCACAAAAAACUCAACCAUUUCUUUCUAUGAUUCCAUUCUUCCAAAUCUCAAACACUCACUUUCACUCACACUUCAACAUUUUCUACCUCUUGCUGGUAACAUUAUUUGGCCAAAUGAUUCUUCAAAACCAAUCAUCAACUAUGUAGUUGGUGAUUCUGUUUCUUUCAUUGUUGCUGAAUCCAAUUCAAGUUUCAAAGAUCUUUCUUCUGAUCAUUGUGAUGCUUCACAAAGAUAUCACUUGAUACCCCUUUUGAAAACUUCUUAUGAAAAAGCUUCUUUGAUCUCAAUUCAAGUCACUUUGUUUCCAAACUUUGGUUUUUGCAUUGGAAUCACCACACACCAUGCUGCUUUAGAUGGAAAAUCUUCAACCACUUUUAUGAAAUCAUGGGCCUUUAUAUGUUCUAACUUCGAUCAGACUUUACUUAUUUCUCAGUCGAAUUCUGAAUUAGCAGUGCCAAUUUCUUCUGAAAAAUCACAAUCAUUACCUGAAAAUCUAACACCUUUUCUUGAUAGAUCAAUGAUACAAGAUCCUAACGGAAUCGAUGAAGCAUUUGUGGAAGCUUGGAUGAAGCAAGGUGGACCAAACAAUAAAAGUCUCAAAGUUUGGGAUAUUCCUUGUACAAUGAAAAAUGAUGCAAUGAAAAGUUUAUUUGAACUAACACCUUCAAAUAUUCAAAAGCUUAAGCAACAUGCAAAAAAUGAGAUGAAAAAAAUGAAUGUUAUAAAUUUGUCAUCUUUUUCAGUUACAUGUGCAUAUGUGUUAUCAUGUUUAGCAAAAGCAGAAAAACCAAAAGUUGAUAAAGCUAUUUUCAUAUUUAGUGUUGAUUGUAGAACAAGAUUGGACCCUCCAAUUUCUACUAUGUAUUUUGGAAAUUGUGUUGCAGGACAAAAGAUUGUGUUUGAGACAGAGAAAUUAGUUGGUGAAGAUGGAUUUUUUGUUGCUUUGGAAGAGAUUAAUGAAAGUUUGAAUAGAGUUAAAGAUGGUGAAGUUUUGAAUGGAGCAAAAAAUUGGCUUUCUCAUAUGUUUAAAGGAAGUGAAAGUACUAAAAUUUAUUCUAUUGCUGGAUCACCAAGGUUUGAAGUUUAUGGUAUUGAUUUUGGAUUUGGAAAGCCUAAGAAAGUUGAUAUGACUUCAAUUGAUAAAACAAGAGCUUUUUCUCUUUCUGAAAGUAGGAAUGGUAAUGGUGGAAUUGAGAUUAGUUUGGCUUUGAAUAAGGAAGACAUGGAAGCUUUUUCUUCCCUUUUUGUUCAUGGACUUGAAUCUAUUUGAAGUUUGAAUUUCUUUUUUAUUUAAAAAGUUUAAAUAAAUUGAGUUUAGGAAUUUGAUCAUACUCACAACAAACCACUCACAAAUGAUAAGUUUGAAAUUUUAGUACUAGUUUGAAGGAAGCAUAAUUUGUUUGAGUAUGUUUUAGGCAAUUUGUGUUAGAGACUUUUUAUUUUAUUGGAUGAAUAAAUGAAAAGUGCAAACAUCUAGAGAUUC